CCAAUUUUUUCCCUCUCGUUUUUUUUUCCCUUUCUCCCCAAUUCCCAUAUCUGAAUCCUAAGAGGCAAAACCCUACCCCUAAACCAACAAUUGCAAGCCCCAAUGUCGGCGAAGCGAGAAGCUUGAGCAGGAUAUUUGCAAUGGGUAUUGAUUUGGAUCCGUUGGAUGAUAUUUUUGCUGAUGAAGCAGUGAAGAAUGCACGGGCAGUAGGCAAGUUUCAGCCAAAGUCAAAGUUCCGACCGCCAAGAAAGGACGCAGCAGCAACUUCACUUUCUUCCUCACAAGCAGCCCAAACCAUUGAUCCUGCACAGAACGAAUCAAGCGACCCUCUAAGGACUGCAAAGUCAUCAGAAAACGUGAUUUCAGGUCUGGAUGUUGUGUUUAACGAUGAUGGAGGCUGGCAUGCUUCCAUUGAAAAGUCAGGGACAGAGAAUGCUGACAUAUUUAUUGGGUUGGAAGCACUUGGUGAUUUUCUUCCUCACACCACUAGUGAUAUGGCAGAGGGCACUAUCCAUCCUUCAGAAGAAGUAGCUCUUAAUGUUCAUAACCAUGAGAAUACAGGAGGAGGGCCUGCUCCUGUUCUUUCUUCUGUUGGGGAUUCAAACCACACAUGUAAGGUGGCUGAUGUUCCCACAUGUCAUGAAUUGUCAGCGGCCGUAGAUCCACUAACUGCUGGGGAGCCUAUUGUUUCAAGUAGUGAUGGAUGUGGUCGCAUGCAUGUUAAAGAAUUGGGAAGAGAGGAAAUGGAUAUCAUGGACUCUAUUAAUGCAUCUGAGGUUACAACCAACUCUGGACAUAGAACAGGAAAAUUUCAGCCAAAACCAAAAUUACAAAUGCAUGAAGUGAUAUGUAAACCCGCUGAGUCGCUUUCUUGCUCACUUGGUUCACAAUCUUUUCCACCUGAAAUUAGUUAUACGGAGAAGGAUUUUAGUCCUACAUUUCAACAGGAUGAUGUUCUUGAUCUUUCAUCCCUAGGAUUCACUCAUACCUUGCCAACUGAAGCGUCCUCUGAACUUCCUCUGAAUGAAGAGUCUAUGAAUCUUACGGAGAUGACCCAGUUGGAUUCAGGCAUUCCUCUGGAGUGUCCGCCUGAAAUUCCUGCAAAACUUGCUUCUCGGCGUGCAAAGAUAGGAAGGAAUAAGACUCAAACAGCAUCAGAUCCUUCUCAACAGCAGCAAAAGACUUCGACAUCCAGUCAGGAGAAUGAAAUGGGUAGAUCAUUACGGCCUAGAAAAAGCAAAACAAAUUUUUGUGAACUAGGAGAUGAGGUGGAGGAUGGAGUCCAUGCUAGUGAGGAAUUUUCUGAAGAAUGUCCCGUCAAUUCUGCUGCAGAGGAGGAAAAUGUUGAUAAUGAGGAAUUCCAAGUGGAAAGUGAUUCACAAAUGAAAAAGGUGAAGCAGAAGUUUGAAAAACCAGUCAGGAAGAGGAAGGAGACUGAAGCAUCAGAUAAGGAUGCAAAGCCUAAAAAGUUCUCUCACUCUACUCGGCGAAGGCGAGUGGACAAGGUUUUGCUUGCAACUCCUGAAGAUGAAAUUGACUACCAAAAGGUUCCUCUUAGGGAUUUGAUUCUGCUGGCAGAGCACAAGGAGCGGGAGAUGAAAAAAGAAGAGGCGGCAGCAGGAGUAACAGCAAAAAAACAAAGUAAUGGUAAUUCUUCAAGCCGAUACAAUCAAGAAGAGGCCUUUACUUCUGAACAAAAUGGAGAAUAUAAUGACGGACAAGGAAGCCCUAGGAUUGAAGAGAGCACCAUCUGCUUCAAUUAUCACACCCACAUGGACAGAACACCCAGCAUCAGAUGGUCCAAACAGGACACAGAGUUGUUCUACGAGGCUGUGAGGCAGUUCGGGACCGAUCUUUCUAUGAUACAACAACUUUUUCCUGAUCGGACCCGGCGACAAGUAAAGCUGAAAUACAAAAAAGAAGAACGGCAGCAUCCACUGAGGCUCCGUGAAGCUUUGACUAACCGUACGAAAGAUCAUUCCCAUUUUGAAAAGGUCAUAGAACGCUUAAAGCAAAUUGCCGCAGAAGAAAAUCAGAAUGCUGAUAAUGAUGAAUCAAUAGAUUUGACAGGCAAUGAAGUGGAUGAGGGGACUUUGAAUGCUGGUGAUGAAGAAGCCAAAGAUGAGCACAUUGAGGAAGAGGUGAAUGAGGGUGUAGCAAAUGACUUUGCUGAAGUUCGAAGCCCUUCAAAGUCGGAGGAUAUUGAAGAUGAUUUGUUCAUAUGGAGUCAAUAUAAGAGUGGAUAACUGACUAGGGUGCAAUGAUGAAGCUCCAUGGAAGUUCGAUGCUGUAAGUGCCCACUCGGGGUCUGUCUUACUCUCAGCAUCAUCCUACCUUGGGCAUACCCUUACUGCAAACAAAGUGAUUGAAGAAUUCUAUGCGAAGCAACUGCUUAUUGGAAAGUGAAAUCACCACACCUGAGACACUUCGGUUUUACAGCAACCUUUCUGGCACCUUGGGUUGAUUGGCGGGUAGGAUAAUGUAAUUUAUCUUGUGAAUUCUUGAUUAUGUGAGAAGAAAAAUCUUGCAACAGCAAUAUCCAUAUGGGGAUGAUGAGGAGCUGCCUAAGCUAUUGCAGGAAGCAGACAGGGUUUUUGGAGUAGAAGAAAUACAUCAGAAAUAGCCAUAGAAUACUUUACAUACUCAGUGGUCGCAUCCAGGCGGAACAAUGAUAGCUGCACCAGACCAAUGCAUUUUUUAAGACAUUUACGCUUUUCUUAAAAAUAAAUGUAAGUUCGCUGGAUGAGCGAACCCCAUGGAUCGUCCUGACGCUAGCAGUUUUAUUGUAUUCCUUUUCGUAGUAAAAGAUAAACAGCUCUUGCUUUGAUCA